AUGACUACCCUGAUGAAGAAGGAUAAGAAAUUCGAGUGGGAUGAUAAGUGUGAAGAAUCAUUCCAAUUGCUGAAGCAAAAACUAGUCACAGCACCAGUGCUUACGUUGCCAGAUGAUAGUGGGGUGUAUGAUGUGUAUAGCGAUGCAUCAAAGAAUGGCUUAGGUUAUCAUGUGAGCAUAGGAAUGUCUCCAUUUGACGCUUUGUAUGGGAGGAAGUGUCGCAUUACAAUUUGUUGGAACGACAUAAGUGAAACAAUGAUUCUAAGGCGUCAAAUGAUUGAGGAUACAGUAAAGCAAGUAAGAGAAAUUCAAGCCAAGAUUCAAACAGCUCAAGAUUACCAAAAGAGCAACGCAGACUUGAAGCUUAGAGAACAAGAGUUUAAAGUUGGUGAUAAAGUAUUGUUGAAGGUGUCACCUAUGAAGAGAGUGAUGACAUUUGGGAAGAAAGGGAAGCUUAGCCCAAAGUACAUACCUGAUAAAUCCCAUGUGCUACAACCUGAAACCAUUGAGUUAGAUCAAAGCUUAAUUUAUGAAGAAAGACCUGUCAAGAUUCUUGACAGUAAAAUGCGAAGUACAUACAAUAAAAAUGUUAAGAUUGUGAAAGUACUUUGGUCUAACUAA